AUGGGGAGGUCCAGCUCGAGCAGCAGCAGCGGGUCGAGCAGCGACAGCGACGGCAGGGACCGGCGUCACAGGAAGGACAAGAAGCGGAAAAAGGAGAAGCACAGGAAGAAAAAAUCCAAGAAGGAGCACAAGGAGAAGAAGCGCAAACGGACGCGGGACGACGGCGACAGGUACGAGAUCGAACCGCGCCGAGAAACAACCUCUUUUGACCAAAACCUCCUCGGGUGCCCACAGCCGAAAUCGCGCGCGACUGACAACAUCACACGUGCACUCGACAGGCGCGAGAAGGAGAUCCUCGCCCAGGCGAAAAAGUACCUCCGACAGCAGGGGCUGGCACCCUCGGGAGUGGGCGGCGUGAUCGAGGCGGCGGCGGCUGCCGUGUCGGCGGCGUCAAAGUCGUCGACGUAUGGCGCGAUUGGGAACACAAACGACGCGAUUGGCGUCGACCAAGGGACGCUCUCCGCGGCUCAAAUCGCGGCUAAACGCGUCGCGGAGGCGCGCGCGUCCGCCUUGGAGGAGGACGCGUUGUACGCGCGCAUGGGCGGGGCGCCGCGCGAGGGUUUGCUCGACUUUCGAACGCGCGGCGUCGACUCCGUCGCGCUCGCGGCGGAUGGCGAAAAUAAGGGUGAAAGCGCCGGGAAAAAGAUGACGCCGGCGGAGGCGAAGAGGGCCAGACGGGACGCGAAGGAGCGGCUCGAGGAGCUCGCGCCGCGCGCCACCGGCCGCGACGCCCUGCGCGAGAAGCGCGCGGCGGUCAGGGAGAGCAACAGGUCGUUCGCCGCGAGGAAGGAUGAGGAUUUCUUGGGCGGGAUGACGCGCGGGGACGAGUUUGGGGGCGGCGGGCGCGACGAGUUUGCGCAGGCGGUGGCGGCGAGGCGGCGGGCGCAGGAACGGAGGGACGCUCGAAGGGGGGUGGACCCCGUCGCGGUGGCGGCGAGGGUCGGGGCGUACCAGGCGAGGGAGGCGGAGAGGAUGAGCCAGUUUCAGGAGCUCGUGGGUGGGUUUGGGGGUGAGCGGAUUCACAUACCCGAGCGGCGGUGA